CCUUGCUUUACCCUGCAAGCAUCCCAACUUUUCUUUGCGUACAAUUAAGAAUUUGGCCUCUUUAACCCAACCCUUUGUUGCCAUGCCAUUAUUUUACUGUGCAAAUACAUUCUCAAAGUUUAGAAUCUCUGCUUACUUCCACCCAUCAUUGUGGCUCCAUUACUUCAUCCCACUGUUCUUGAUUUCCAUCUUGUUAUUUUUCAAUUAUCCCAAACUGCUUACAGUUAUUUCAGUUAUAUAACCUUUACACCUCCAUCUCUAUCGACUCCCUGCCUUAGUUUCUCCUGUUUCUGCACAUGAAUUUUCCAUAACAUGGUUUGGCCUCUUUCUGGGAUGGUGUUCGUUUGAACUUUAUUAAACAAAACAAGAAAUUUCUUGUCUUUCCUCAAUUUUAUUUUUUUGUUUCUUGAAUUCUUUCAUACCUGGCCUCCUCAGUGGAGAAUUUUUGGAGGAGAUCUUUUUUUAUAGCAUGAGUUUCUUCACAGGCUCACCAAAGAGUACAUGGCAGCCAGUGACGACUGGUGAUACAACCACCUCAAGUUACUGGUUAAACUGGAGGGUGUUGCUCUGCUGCUUUUGGAUUUUAAUGUCAAUGGUUUUUGCCUCUAUUCUUAUAACAAAGUAUGAAGGUCCUCGUGGCGCAAAAAGUGGGAGCAGAGAUAGGCAACAGCAAGACUCCCCUGGCCCGGGAAUGUUGUAUGAAGAUGAAGUUUGGCGGCCAUGCCUCAAAAAUGUGCAUCCUGGAUGGCUGCUUGGAUACAGAAUUUUCGCUUUCCUUGUUCUUCUCUUAAUGCUAAUCCUAAAUGUUACAGUAGAUGGUGGCCUCAUUUUCUACUUCUAUACUCAGUGGACAUUCACAUUAAUUACCAUCUAUUUUGGGCUUGGAUCGCUGCUAUCCAUGUAUGGGUGUUACCAAUACCAUAAUAGAAUCAGCAGUGAAACUCAUAAUGAGAGGUUUGAUGCUGAAUAUGGAUCUGGGAGACCAUCUAUAUAUGCUCAACAUUCCAGCACUUCAAAUGCUAUAAAAUAUUCCACGGCACCUCAAGAACCAAAUAGAAAAGUUGCAGACUUCUGGGGCUAUGUUUUUCAAAUAAUUUUCCAGAUGAAUGCUGGAGCUGUAACGCUUACAGAUUGUGUCUUUUGGUUUGUUCUUGUACCAUAUCUGACCAUCAAAGGCUACAAUUUGAAUUUUUUGAUCAUAAACAUGCAUACAAUCAAUGUUGUUUUUCUGCUUGGUGACACUGCACUGAAUUGCCUGCGGUUCCCUUGGUUUCGAAUUGGAUAUUUCUUUCUGUGGACAGCUGUUUAUGUCAUUUUCCAGUGGGCUGUCCAUGCCUGCAUUGCAAUUUGGUGGCCAUACCCAUUCCUUGAUUUAUCUUCUCCAUUUUCUCCUUUAUGGUAUUCAUCGGUGGCGCUGAUGCACAUACCAUGCUAUGGCAUUUUUGUUCUGGUAAUCAAGCUCAAACACCAUUUGCUAUCCAAAUGGUUUCCUCAGUCUUAUCAGUGUGCAAGAUGAAGAAUGCAUGUGCGAUGAAGCUCACUCAUUAAUGUCCAACAGCGAGCGAGUUGCCAAAUAGAAUUCGCAGGGGAGAAACGCAUCCCCUCCCUUUCAAUUCUCUUUGGAGGAAAGCAACAUUAUUAUUAUUAUUUCGUGCUUUGAGAUCUUCAUAGAGACAGAGGAGAUGAAUAUGACUCUUUAAUUAAGGAAACAGAAAUGUAAAAGUGAUUUGUAGUGGUAAUAAUAUUUGCACCUCAUAAGAAAAGAGGACAGUAAAGUUUUUGUUUGUAGGAAUUAUUAGGAUAUACAUACAACACAAGAAGCAAAGUAAACAGUCUGUAUUUACUAUUUACAUUUGAGGAGCUCAGCUGAGGGCAUUCUCAAAACAAAUAUAUAUAUAUAUACAUACAUACAAUUAAUUUAAUACCCGGCCUGUUUUCUGGUUUUUUCUUUAUGAA